CAAUUCAAUUUAAUGAACAAUUCAAUCUCAACAACUUAAUUUAAGUCCUACAUGAUGGAGCAGACUGGAGCCCAGUGUUAGACCCAAAUCAUGUUCAUUCACAUGUUAAAGAAAACUGCUGCAUCUUUGUGGAAGUCCGUGUCAUUCACAAGGAAGCAGUUUACUGGAACGGAUCAGAAUCUGAAUCACUUCACUGCCUGUGAGUUGGGACACAGGUUUAGGAUCAGACUCAGGAGAACACUUUGUAUUCAAGUGGAACCUUAAAUUAAUAUAAGUUCUCUAAAUAGACCUGCACAUGUAAACAAGAUUAAGUUUGUGUGUGUGUGUGUGUGUGUGUGUGUGUGUGUGUCUCUGUGUCCAUGUCCACCAGCUCAGUUCAGAAUGGCAGAAGAGUGAAUAGUGUGUGUGAGGGGUGUGUGGGAUCAUCCACAAUGCUGUUAGAUCUGCGGAUGCAGCGUGUGGAGUAAAUGUCUGUGACUGAGGGGAGAGAGACUCCAAUGAUCUUCUCAGCUGUCCUCACUAUCCGCUGAAGGGUCUUGCGAUCCGAGACGGUGCAAUUCCCAAACCAGGCAGUGAUGCAGCUGCUCAGGAUGCUCUCGAUGGUCCCUCUGUAGAAGGUGGUCAGGAUGGGAGGUGGAAGAUGAGCCUUCCUCAGUCUUUGCAGGAAGUAGAGGCACUGCUGGGCUUUUCUGGUGAUGGAGCUCGUGUUGAGUGACCAGGUGAGGUUCUCCACCAAGGGAUUUGGUGCUCUUGACGAUCUCCAUGAUGGACUCAUCUAUGUUCAGUGGAGAAUGGUCACUCUUUGCUCUCCUGAAGUCAACAACCAUCUCUUUAGUCUUGUUGACAUUCAGGGAGAGGUUGUUGGCUCUGCACCAGGCUGUUAGUUGUUGCACCUCCUCUCUAUAUUCUUAAGCCUUUGGACACACAGGUUCCUGCUGCAGUUCCCUGCAGUUUAGGUAGGACACACACACACACACACACACCAAGCAGAAAGCUAUUUCUUCUGGAAUAUAAUGGAAUUGUUCUGCCAUCAAAAUGGAGUAAGUGUCGUAGUUCGUUAAGCUACAUCCCCAAUACCUACAAUAGCCGUGAUGGCUAACGUUAUUUCUUUUACAGGAAGUGAUGAUGUGCGAAGCCGCAGCCGUCCUCUUGAAAGGCUACGGCUUGCUCCGGAGGAAACUAGAUAAAAUAAGCAGAUCACACACACCAGUAUCAGCAUCUGUCUGUAUGUGUCGGUGUAAUUUUGCAGUGUUUUUGCCAGUAUCCUGCUGAUCAUCAUGACAAUGUCUGCUACAGGUCAAAGACGCUCAGAGAUGGAAGGAGUGGAGCCUUCCUCUGGCUCGACUUCCUCUGAUUAAGAUGGGAGAUGAUCUCGCCUCCAGAAAUCUGAUCUACCCAGCGCUUAUCUGCUACGUGGUGGCGAAACUGGAGCUGGGGUCGCGUAGACACUUCCAGUUGAUUGGAUACGACAGUGUGCCAUUUGGCUUUGCCGGUCUUCGUCAGUCCCAUCAUGAGAACUGAGAUGUAUGAAUACGUGCUGUGGCUGACCUCAGGACAGGCCCAGCCAAGCUUCCAUUUUACACCUCUCUUAGAUCUUCAAGUUGUGUGUGGCCAGCAGAAAUCUUUUUUUCGGUUCACCUGAAUUAAGCUUUAAAUACUGUGAGGUCAUCACUAGGGCAGUCAUCACUUUCCCCGACAGAGUCACAAGGAGCUUCAUUGAACACCUUCUUUUGCUGUCUUGCAAACUGCAAAAAGACAAUUCAGAAGAACCUGAGUGGCUGCUAGCGCUCCGGCAGCUGCACAGAACUACAUUAGCAAACGCUAAUGUCAGUGAUGACCCAGAGCAGCACAUGGUGUCUACCAGCCAGAGAUUCAGAGUCUCUGAGAUUCAGGAGUUAAAACAUGAUCCCCCGAAUGAGCCGAUCCCUGAACUCCAGCCUCCUGGUCCGGAGCAGCUUGCUGAACUGGAAGCUUUGCUUUCUUCACGGUACCAGUUGGGAGAUCUGCUGGGGAACGGAUGCUUCGGCUUUGUCUUCAAAGCGGUCCGGAUCGCAGAUAAUAAAAAGGUCGCUGUUAAGGUCGUCAAGAAGUCCGGAUUUACCACAACUAUGAAAAUGUCCGGAGAGACGGAGGAGCUGCCCUCAGAGGUGGCGCUAAUGAGAAUGGUGUCUGAGCCACCUGUCUGUAGCAACGUUGUGGAGUUACUGGAGUGGUUUGACAUGGGCCAUCAGUUCGUCAUGAUCAUGGAAUGGCCCAGUCCCAGUAUGGACCUCUUGGAAUUCAUGGAGCUUCAGGGUGGUUCCCUGUCUGAAGCACAGGCUCGAGACAUCAUGGUGCAGGUGAUUCGGGCGGCUCGUCACUGCUGUGAACGUGGAAUGGUACACAGAGACAUCAAGGUCGAGAAACUCAUCAUCAACCCCGAAACCCUGGAAGUGAAACUGAUUGAUUUUGGCUGUGGGGAAUUGCUGAAGGACACUCCCAGCAAACAUUUUGUGACAUUGCUCUUGGUGUUCUUUCUCUCUUUUGCACUCAGGCACUAUAUUCCUUAUACCUCCUGAGUGCCUGUUCCGUGGAGAGUACAUGGGUGUUCCUGCCACCAUCUGGGGUCUGGGCAUUCUUCUGUAUCACUUCCUCAGUGGACAAAUCCCCUUCAUUGAUAUAGAACAAGACUUCAGUUAUGGGUACCUGAAUGCACUUCCUGACGUGUCUCAAGAGUGCUUCCAGCUGCUAAUGUGGUGUCUGGAUUUAAACCCUGAAACACGCCCAACAUUCGAGCUCUUGGCCAGGCACGAGUGGUUUACUGGGGGCAGUUCAGGACAGAGUCCAGCUCAGGAGUCUUCUGGACACUAAAACCUGCUACUGAAGCCUUGUGAGAACUCUGAUGGGAAGAGCAAGACGAGAAAGAGAGACCGAGAUCAGAAAUUCAGAAUUCUGAAUUAUUUUCACAAUGGUUACCAUUCUGUGUGGUCAACUACACAUUUGUGAACAUUUUACACUUGUGAUUUGCCUUUUGCCCAGUAGGGCAACACAGACACACACACACACACACCACUCUAAAAUAUGGCAUAAUUUCAUGUAAAUGAACACAUAUGCUUUUUUUAAAAUCUUAAUUUAUGAACAAUAAAACACAUUUACAUGAAAUUAUGCACCCUGCUGGACUUCCAUGACCAAGCUGGCAGAGGCUGGCAUGCGGGGAAGAACCUGGCAUCAUCUUAGGAGAGGGUUGAUGAUCUCAGGAUGAUCUGGGACUUUUUGUCCUCUGUGGUGCUAACUGCAGUGUCCCGAUGCAGAGUGUUCAUGAGAAGCACAUUCCUUCUCUGUUUGGGGCAGUAGGAGACAAGAGCAUGCGUGUCAGUAAACACAAACUGGGAGGAGAAUGUGGCCCUUUCUCUUGUCGCCAGCAGUGCAGGGGGAAGCUCUGGUUUGUUCUUUCUCACGGUUCCCACCAUGGCCAGCUUCCUCCUUAGCACCUCCUGGCCAAGGACGUGAAAUAGGACAUGAAAAGGUGUCACAAGUGAUGCUGUGUCCCUGAAAGCCCUCUGUCACCUCGAGAACCACAUGCUGGCUCUGAUUCUUCUCUGGCUGGCCAUCCGCAGGUUUCCCAGUGUACAGCUGCAUGUUCCAGGCGUAGCUAGUCUGGGCAUCACAGGCUACCCAGAUUUUGAUUCCAUACUUGCCAUGUUUACUUGCCAGAUAUUGUUUGAAUCCACAUCGACCUCUGAACGGGACCAGGCUCUCAUCCACUGUCACAUCAGUGCCGGGAUUAUACAUUAGCUGCAGGCGACACACCCACUUAUCCCAGACCUGUCGGAUGGCAGCCAGUUUGUCUCUGGCAUGGCGCGCUGGUCUGGUGUUGCGAUCAUCGAAAUGAGGUGGAAUGUCUUCAGCAGCAAAAAAUUGCCCUCCCCAUCUGAACAUGCCACAGGCUGGACAUAGCCUCUUUACUGGACCGGUAGACCCCAGCAAGAAUCAAAAGACUCAGAUUACCCUGUUGAUCUUUUUUUUUAAUCUAUUUUCGUUCCAGCUGUCACCAUAUACACGACACCCCUCCUUGUUGAUCAUUUCUAGUACUAUCUUUUCAAUUUCCUCUGACAUAAACACCUCAAAGUUCGACUUUAUGCUAACAGCAUGAGAGACAGCAUACCUUGUUGUCCCUCCUCUCCCGCUCUGCCCCCAACAUACGGUGUUGGUUGCUUGGAGGAAUGGAGGACCAGAGAAUAUUUCCAUCUUUGGAUUGGACAAUAUCUUUAUUUUCAGGAGGCUCCUCUUCAUCACCCUCUGACACUUCCUCCUCCUCCUCUUCUUCUGCAGGUUCUGCCUCAUCUCUCUCUUCCUCCACAAGGUCAAAAAUGAGGUGAAGGGCCUGUAAUGCGGUGUAGGUCCUCUUCAUUUUGCUGUCUCAGAGUGAAAUAAGAAAUGCCCCAAGGCUGCUAUAAAUUCAGGGUUUUUUUUUGUUUGUUAUCUUGUCCCCAAUUUGGCAAAGGCAUGUCUCAUAGCUUUUGUUUUGUCUGGAGGCCCAAUGAAAUGCAAUGCCCAAUGCUUUGAAGUGUGUUUGACUGUGUGUGUGUGUGU